UUCCUGGGUAAUCGUUGCAGUUGGAUUGCUGGUUCUGGUUUUUAUUGCCCUGUUGGCUCGCAUUCUUGUCAAAAGAAAACCGCCCAAAGACCCGCUGUUUUAUGUUUAUGCUGUAUUUGCCUUUACCAGUGUAGUGAAUCUAAUAAUUGGACUGGAACAGGAUGGAAUUAUAGAUGGAUUCAUGACUCAUUACUUGAGAGAGGGUGAACCAUAUCUGAACACUGCCUAUGGCCACGUGAUCUGCUACUGGGACGGCUCCGUUCACUAUCUGAUGUACCUGUUGAUGGUGGCAGCUAUUGCAUGGGAAGAAAGCUAUAGAACCAUUGGUCUCUACUGGCUGGGUUCCAUUAUCAUGAGCAUCAUUGUCUUUAUGCCUGGAAAUAUUGUGGGCAAAUACGGAACAAAAGUCUGUCCUGCUUUUUUCCUAAGCAUACCCUAUAUCUGCCUCCCCAUAUGGGCUGGGUUCCGAAUCUAUAACCAACCUUCGGUGGCUCACGACACUCCGGACAAGGUGGUUCAGGAAGUCCAGAAGAAAGGACUCUUAAGGCGACCAGUAGAUUUAAUGUUAGUUGCAUACCUCAUUCUAGCAACGGCAUUUUGCAUAUUCAGGGGCAUGAUGCUGGCAUACAUGUUCUACUCUGUGCCAUACUAUGUGAUUGCUCUGUAUGGUCUACUGGUGCCUGGUUGUUCCUGGAUGCCUGAUUUAACCCUUAUACACGCUGGAGGAACAGCUCAGGCUCAAUUUUCCCAUAUUGGUGCUUCUCUUCAUGCUCGAACUCCUUACAUCUACAGAGUCCCUGAAGAAGCAAAGGUGUUUUUCCUGAUCUUGAACAUAAUGUAUGGGAUUCUUCCCCAGCUGCUGGCUUACAGGUGUGUCAACAACCCAGAGUUUUUUAUGAAACCAAAACAAGAAGAAAAAACAGACUAGCACAACUGUUUUCAGCUCCUGUCCUUGGCUAUGUAUAUAAUUGGGUUGGGAUGUCAUUGAACUGCUCAAAUGGAACCCAA